CAGCGCGUGUCCGAGGUGCGGCGCGACCCGGGCAUGCGCUGGCCGCUGCUCGGUGUCCCUGCGCGUGACGCCGCAGCGUGGGGCCCGGAGUGCGCCCCUCGCGCCGUGCGUGGAGCCCCGCUGCGCGGAGCUUUGUCUGCCGCGGGGCUCGGGACCGGCCGCGGGCGGGCUCGCUCCCGGCGCGGCGUCCUGCGCAGGCGGCUCUCCGCCGCCGCCGCUGCCGCCCCUGCCUCCAGCGCCAGAAGCACUGCGGUGCCGCGCCUGCUCUCCGCACGGGCAGACCUCACCCCCGAUCUAGCCGCUCUGGGCGGUGCCGCCGCGCUCCGCCCCGAUCGGUGCCCGCGGACCGUGACGCCGCGUGCGGGGCGGGGCAGGGCAGCGCCCGGUGGCGGCAGCGGCGUCAGCGGAGGUCCGAAGCGGAGGCGAGCAGAGCGGGGCCGAGAGCAGUCGGCCGGCAGGAUGCUGGAGAUCCAGCUAGACGAUGGCGGCGUGGGGGGGUACCCGGGCGAUGAUUAUUGCUCGGGCUCGGUGAUGUCGGAGCGGGUCUCGGGCCUUGCCAACAGCAUUUACCGCGAGUUCGAGCGACUGAUCCACUGCUACGAUGAGGAGGUGGUGAAGGAGCUGAUGCCACUGGUGGUGACGGUGCUGGAGAACCUGGACUCGGUGCUCACCGACAACCAGGAGCACGAGGUGGAGCUGGAGCUGCUGCGGGAGGACAACGAGCAGCUGCUCACGCAGUACGAGCGGGAGAAGGCGCUGCGCAAGCAGGCCGAGGAGAAGUUCAUAGAGUUUGAAGAUGCACUGGAACAGGAGAAGAAAGAACUACAAAUCCAAGUGGAACACCUUGAAUUUCAGACUCGACAGCUGGAGCUGAAGACCAAAAACUAUGCAGACCAGAUUUCUCGACUGGAAGAACGUGAAUCGGAAAUGAAGAAGGAGUAUAAUGCUCUGCAUCAGCGUCACACAGAGAUGAUCCAGACCUAUGUGGAACACAUUGAGCGAUCUAAGAUGCAGCAAGUUGGGGGAAAUAACCAAACUGAGGGCAGUGUACCUGGGAGAAGUCAUCGCCAGUCCUGGAGGAAAAGGAAGGAACGUCCCAACUCCCUGAAUGUCUUCCCUCUCGCUGAUGGCAUGGUACGUGGGCAGAUAGGGGCCAAGAUCGUCCCAACACUGGACCACUGGCACCUGAGUGACCUCGGCCAGCUGCAGUCCAACUCCAGCUACAAGUGCCCCCAGGAUGAAAUGUCUGAAUCUGGGCAGUCCUCAGCAGCUGCCACGCCGAGCACCACGGGAACCAAGUCCAACACUCCCACGUCAUCUGUGCCCUCUGCUGCUGUCACCCCUCUGAAUGAGAGCAUCCAGCCCAUCAGCGAGUACACCAAUGGCACCACCAAGAGCAAUAAGAGGGCACGAGAAAAGCGUAACAGCCGGAACAUGGAAGUCCAGGUCACACAGGAGAUGAGAAAUGUCAGCAUAGGGAUGGGCAGCAGCGAUGAGUGGUCCGAUGUGCAGGACAUCAUUGAUUCUACCCCAGAGCUGGAUAUGUGUCAGGACCCCCGCCUGGAACGCACGGGUAGCAGCCCAACACAGGGGAUUGUGAACAAAGCAUUUGGCAUCAACACAGACUCCCUGUACCAUGAACUUUCCACAGCAGGGUCUGAGGUCAUUGGAGAUGUUGAUGAAGGAGCAGAUCUGCUAGGGGAGUUCUCAGUACGGGAUGAUUUCUUUGGAAUGGGCAAAGAAGUGGGCAAUCUGCUGUUGGAGAACUCUCAGCUGCUGGAGACCAAAAAUGCUUUGAACGUUGUGAAGAAUGAUUUGAUUGCCAAGGUGGACCAGCUGUCUGGGGAGCAGGAGGUGCUGAAGGGAGAACUGGAAGCAACAAAGCAGGCCAAAGCCAAAAUAGAAACCAGAGUCAAGGAGCUGGAGGAGGAGCUAAAGAGAGUGAAAUCUGAAGCAAUCGUUGCCCGACGAGAGCCCAAAGAGGAGGUGGAGGAUGUAAGCAGCUAUCUCUGUACAGAAUUGGACAACAUUCCCAUUGCCCAGCGCCGGCGCUUCACCCGUGUGGAGAUGGCCCGGGUCCUGAUGGAGCGCAACCAGUACAAGGAGAGGCUGAUGGAGCUCCAGGAGGCUGUCAGGUGGACAGAGAUGAUCAGAGCUUCCCGUGAGCACCCAUCCGUGCAGGAGAAGAAGAAAUCCACCAUUUGGCAGUUCUUCAGCCGUCUGUUCAGCUCUUCCUCCAGUCCUCCCCCAGCAAAGAGGACCUACCCCUCUGUGAAUAUCCACUACAAGUCUCCCACCACGGCGGGGUUCAGCCAGCGGCGCAGCCACACCAUGUGUCAGAUCUCCUCCGGCAGCCGCACCCUCGAGUUCUUCCCUGACGAUGACUGCACGUCCUCGGCACGCCGUGAGCAGAAGCGAGAGCAGUACCGGCAGGUCCGGGAGCAUGUGCGGAACGAUGAUGGGCGGUUGCAGGCCUGUGGCUGGAGCCUCCCAGCCAAGUACAAGCAGCUGAGUCCCAAUGGUGGUCAGGAAGACACUCGCAUGAAAAAUGUCCCUGUGCCUGUAUAUUGUCGCCCACUUGUAGAGAAGGAUCCAACUAUGAAGCUGUGGUGUGCAGCUGGAGUAAAUCUGUCAGGAUGGAGACCUUUGGAACAGGAGCCUGGGAAUGGGCUGAAGCUAGAUCCUGGGCAUGAUCCUCUCACUUGUGACAGGGAAGUGGAAGGCGAGAACAACAAAAGUAACCAUACAUCUCCUGAGAAAAAAAAGGCAAAGGAGCUCCAUGAGAUGGAUGCCACAUCCAGCCGUGUCUGGAUCCUCACUAGCACGCUGUCAACCAGUAAAGUCGUGAUAAUUGAUGCCAACCAGCCUGGCACAGUGGUGGACCAAUUCACUGUCUGCAACGCUCAUGUGCUCUGCAUCUCCAGCAUUCCUGCGGCCAGUGAGAGUGACUAUCCCCCAGGCGAGAUCUUCCUGGAGGGGGAUAUGAACCCCGAAGAGUCAGCUGGAGCAGAUGGUGUCUUGGCAGGGAUCACGCUGGUGGGCUGUGCAACCCGCUGCAAUGUGCCACGAAGCAACUGUUCCUCGCGUGGGGACACACCUGUUCUGGACAAGGGACAGAGUGAGGUGGCUCCUGUCUGCAAUGGAAAGAUCAACCAAUCUCAGUCUACUGAGGAGGCAACAGAGGCUACAGAGGUACCGGAAAGCAGUGCCAGCGAGGCAGAGCUGACACAGGCCCGGCCUGGGCCCCUCACCGAGCAUGUGUUCACAGACCCUAUCCCAGCCCAGGCACCCAGGCAGAAUGGGGAGAAUGGGCAACUGAAGAUGGAGCCCAGCACAACACUGCCAGAUCAGGAGUCAACCAGGGAUGCUGGGACCUGCACCAGUGCCGCCCCCACCAUGUGGCUGGGAGCUCAGAACGGCUGGCUUUACGUGCACUCGGCUGUGUCCAACUGGAAGAAGUGUCUGCACUCAAUAAAGCUGAAGGACUCUGUGCUGAGCCUGGUGCAUGUGAAAGGGAGGGUCCUGGUUGCUCUGGCAGAUGGAACACUAGCCAUAUUCCAUCGGGGAGAAGAUGGUCAGUGGGAUCUCAGUAAUUACCACCUGAUGGAUCUUGGCCACACUCACCACUCCAUCCGUUGCAUGGCUGUGGUCUAUGAUAGAGUCUGGUGUGGCUACAAGAACAAAAUCCAUGUUAUCCAGCCGAAGACAAUGCAGAUUGAGAAAUCCUUUGAUGCCCAUCCUCGUCGGGAGAGCCAGGUGCGACAGCUGGCAUGGAUUGGAGAUGGCGUGUGGGUUUCCAUCCGCCUGGACUCCACACUGAGGCUCUACCAUGCUCACAGCCAUCAGCAUCUGCAGGAUGUCGACAUUGAGCCUUACGUCAGCAAGAUGCUAGGCACUGGAAAGCUGGGCUUCUCCUUUGUGCGGAUCACAGCCUUACUCAUUGCUGGCAACCGCCUUUGGGUGGGCACUGGGAACGGUGUUGUCAUCUCCAUUCCCCUGACUGAGACUGUAGUCCUCCACCGCGGCCAACUCCUUGGGCUCCGGGCCAACAAAACUUCACCAACCUCUGGAGAGGGCAGUCGCUCUGGUGGGGUCAUCCACGUGUAUGGUGAUGACAACAGUGACAAAUCUGCCAGCAGCUUCAUUCCCUACUGCUCAAUGGCUCAGGCACAACUCUGCUUCCAUGGCCACCGUGAUGCUGUCAAGUUUUUCGUCUCUGUGCCAGGCAAUGUCCUUGCGACCCUCAAUGGGAGUGUGUUGGACAGCCCUUCGGAGAACCCCAGCACAGCAGCCACUGAGACGGAGGGUCAGAAGCUAAAGAACGUUCUGGUGCUGAGUGGAGGAGAAGGGUAUAUCGAUUUCCGGAUUGGGGAUGGGGAAGAUGAUGAGACAGAAGAGAAUGCGGGAGAUGCCACCCAGGUGAAGCCAGUACUUUCCAAGGCUGAACGGAGCCACAUUAUUGUGUGGCAGGUAUCAUACAUCCCCGAGUGAGAAUUCCUCUUUUCCCACAAUGUAAGUGUCCCUCCUCCCACCUGAAUGCCAUGAUGUACAUACAGAACGCCUGCAUUAUAACUCCUGCUGGAAACUGACCCUGGACAACUGCAACGGUUCCUGCCUUGGACUGUGACCCCCUUGAACCUCUGAACUCGCAGCUUUCAACUCGGGCCCGUAUGCUUUUGGCGUGGUUAGGUUCUUGUUCUGCUCUGGAGCUGGCAUCUAAAAGGAGAGAAAUGGCAGUACACCGUGGAGGGAGCUUGGAGCCAGGACUGUGGGAAACCUUUGCCCAGUGUCAGGAGGGGCAGCUGGAGGGGCGUGGCUCAGGUUCUUGGGCAGGUUGCCUCACUCCCACCUGCAUGAGAAAGAAGUGUGUCCCCAGGUAUUCCCUACCAAAGCAGUGAUGGUGAAUCACUUCUGCAGAACCCCAGCAGAAAUCCUUCCAGUUCACCAGUAGACUCUUCAUCUUAUCCUUAUUCACCCUUAAGCACAGAAUAACAUCCUCUGGACUUAGAGCAACCAAGGGUCCAAGGAAGCCUCCAAAGAGCAUCAUGGUUUCAGCAGCACUUCAGCUGAGGCUGGAGAAGGCAGCAGCACCUUUAAUGUGGGGAUCACAUCCUCCAUCUUUGCAGGGGGAAAGUCCCUUCCUCUGCUGCUGCUAUUGCCUCAGCAGUCAUGUACUGGGUGCCUGCCUGUGUGUGCCAAGAGAAUUGUUUGGUGAGCUCAGAUGGAAGAUAGGUGUUUGAUUGUCAAGGCCAAACAGCCAUAGUAGCAAAAGGGUAACAGAGUGUUGCUUUUUAAAGAAAAGGCAAGGCUUUUAACUCUCCCUUCCAAAAAAGCCAUACAGAAAAGAAUUCCUGAGUUCAUUCUGAAAGGUUCAUGUGGUGGUUAUCUCUGCAUUGCAUUUGGUGGCUUUUAAAAGACAGAUGAGGACAGAUGGUGUUGAUCUGCUGUGAGUUCAGCAUUAACACAUUGAGAUUGCCUCAUCUCAAGGCUGUGUCUACUUUUUAGGACAUGCUGGAAGGAGAUCUCUUUUCACAGAGACUUGGAAAACAGAGACUUGGCGGUUGGUUAGGACAAGUGCAGUCAAGGCUAUGUCUCACCUGAUGUCACACACAAAAAGAAUUGAGGCUAGAUUCCUGACAUCUUUUACUUAAUAUCACAAGCACUGACUAUGCUAGUAAGAGGUUUGAAAAGCUGGAAAUUUCUGACUCCUGGAAAAAAAUGACAGCUCCCAAGAAAAGUGGUGAUAGCCCUUUCUGUCUAUGCAAUGCUGAGUGAUUGCAAAUACGAAUCCUGCUUACAAAAGAAGCAGCAAAAAUUGGGGCCAGGGAGAGUGGUUUUGAACUCAAGAUGCAAAAUAUGAAAGUUCCAGGUGUAGAGGCAAUGGUGUGCUCUCCCUUUCUGACACUGUCCCACAAGGACAAAUUCUGUGUCCCUUGAAACAUUCUUUUCUGCGUGUGCAGGAGUAGGGCAAGUUGUAUUUGUUAGUGAUGAAUUUGGAAGCUACUGGUAAUCCUCUUGUUUUUUUUGCCUGACCUGUACAGCACUCCAGGGUUCACAGAGUUGUCCUUGUGACAGUAUGGGGCCAUGACAACUGGGCAAGCCUCCAUCUCCUGGAAAGCUCCCUGCUGUGUCCUGUGCUUGCUGCCAUAGACCAGGCUUGCAGAUCCCAGUGUCCUGCAGGGAUGCCAUAUUCCCUGGGGAUGCGCUAACAUGUGGCAUCUCUCUUGACACAGCAGCACCUAAACAAUUUUUGUAUCCACAGUUCAGGCAAGGUUGUGGCAUACAUUUUCCCUGCAAGAAGGCAAGAGACAUCGCUGGUGAACAGAGGUCUCAGCCAGCCACAGUGGUGCCCAUGCUGCGUGUGAGCAGCGCUGGUGACAUGCACCCAUCACACCACUCCUCCCCAAGGCAGGAAUCCAGACGGAGGGCAUCUUCCAGCCAUAUGCAUACUGGACUCUGUGACGGGCAUGAGGCUAAGGGACACAUGGAGCCACCACCUGCAUGGUGGGGGACCUUUCACCAGAGACAUUUUGCUGGGGCACUGCUGACCAUGCCAGGCUUCUCAUUCACUUUUGCCAUAUGCUUUCUGCUAGGAAGACCUCUUUGGAUCCCAACACAGAGUGCUUUGAAGUAAACAAUAUAACAUUUAGAGCACAGAUUCCACUGUUAUGUAAUAGUUCAUCAGUUAGGGCCAGGCAAAUUUCAGAAUCUGGGCUAGUUGAAGGGAAAAAGAAGCCCUGGUAGGGUUCAGUUCCUUAACUCUGUCAAUUCUUUUAUAGGAAAGUCAGAAUUGCAACACUUGUACCACCAACUGUUCUAUAUCUGGUAUGAGCAAUUGAAGGGACAGCACUUGAUCUCCUGUCACCCACUGGGCCCUAACAACACAUGGGAAUCUCCCAUCAGAUUCCUUUCCAAGAGAAGCACAUGGCCCAGGGGCAGCUGCAGGGGGGAGACCCAGCCUCUGCUGAUAGCUCCUGUGUCCUUGGGUUGCUGCUGGGCAUCAAGGUGAGAACUAACUGGCUUCAGUACGCUUCUCUGUCAUAUCUCCACUGUGAUGUAUGUAAAGUAUCUUGUAUGUUACAAAAUGAUUUUUAAAAGUGUCUUAAGGCCUGUAAACUCCGCUGUUUGGUCUGAAGAUGGCAUUCUGUAAAGAGCCUGCUGUAUGAAUAUGUUCCCGUGCUUUGUCCCCUAUGCUGUCAACAACAAACCGUAUCUGUUCUGUAUGUAAUAAACAUGUUAACAUCA